GUAGAGGGGACACAGAUGAUCGCAGACGCAAAUGCAAUAGCAACGAAGGCUCGCUGUGUGUGGUGUCGCAUUUGUGCUCAUUGGUCACCUUCUUUUCAGUUAGGUGGCACGGCGGCGACGUUGACUAUGGCGACCAACAGCGGCCACUCAGAUGAACUUGACGCCAUAUUCAAGCAGAAGCGGCUGCUCAGAACGCAGGUCCGAAAGACCCUCAGGGCCAUGGAUCUCUCCCUCAGAUCCCAACAUGAUAAUGAAAUUCAAAAUAUGAUUUUGGGGGCUACGUGGUUCAAAUCAAGUCAUAGAUUAUGCGCAUAUAUAAGCUGCAGUGCUUUACGAGAAGUUGAUACAUCCAAGCUGUUGUCACAUAUUUUGCAAGAUCCGGCCACGGGUGGCAAAAAACUCUAUGUACCACGGGUGGAGGAUAAGAAUAGCCACAUGCGAAUGCUUAAUAUCUCACGUAUUGAUGAUCUCAUUGCAAACUCUAUGGACAUUUUGGAACCAGAUCCUAUAGAUGCUGAGGGAAAUGAGCGUGAAGAUGUUAUGCAGGCUAAUGAACCAGUUGAUUUGUUCCUUUUACCCGGACUUGCAUUUGAUAAAUCUGGAAGACGUUUAGGCCGUGGUGGAGGAUACUAUGAUAACUUUCUGAGGAACUAUCAGGAUCUUGCUAAGGCACGAAAUUGGGAGCAACCCUUAUUUGUUGCACUAUCAUACUCUGAGCAAAUAUUGGAUGAAGGAGUUAUACCAACAACUUCAUCUGAUGUCCCAGUUGACGUUCUUGUGUCACCAGCUGGCGUGAUUCCCAUCAGUGCUGCUGCCUUGAAUAGAUAUUCCUGAAAUGAAUCUAUGAGACUGGACUUCAAAGUUGAACCUGAAUCUGCAGCUGUCCAUGAAGGAAUGAGGUAUUUGUUUUAUCGACUGAUGGAGGUUGAGAAUCUCAGCUUUCGUUUUUUGACAUUCAUCUCGAUUUAGGUAUGCUUUCUGUAAGUUUUGGGUUGAGUGAGACCAACAAUGUACCUUAUUUAUUUGUAGUGCCGUUCAAUGAUCAGAAACGCUGCUUUUCGAGUUGUUUAA